AUGGCGGUAUCAGACGAUAGCCGAGACAACUCUCCUGUGACCUACGAGCCCGUUGUUCCUACAGAUCUUACCCGUGCAUCUUAUCACAGUGCAAUGGGCCCUCCACCACAGCACACCACGCGAGAGACAAGCAGUGGUUCUGACACGAGCAAUGCCUCGCUCAAGAGUCCGCGCACUGCUCGAUUCGCCGAGGCCACAUCAAUUCACUCUCCCAUCGACCGCACAGAAGCUGGACGAUCACCUUUCGCCGACCCUCCCAAGACCCAGGCGAGGGGAGAUGUUGGAGAUGUGGGAUUCGGUUACGUGGGAGCGAACAAUGAGCAUGCGGAUGACCAGGUGCCAAUGUCACCUUUCCGACCUGACCUGAAGGUGCCCCAGACAGCCAAGUCAUUGAACCCUCUCAGUCCAACUUUCCGUGAGGAGUACUUGCUUGAGAAGCAGGAAAAGAAAGCCGAAGUGGAGAAUGCCCGAGACUUGAGAAUCAAACUCCGCGUCCGGAUCGCCAAGGUCUUCUUGCGUUUCGUUAACUUCGGCUGCAGUCUGAUUGUGUUGUCUCUGCUCGCCGUGACAUUGACUGUCUUCAACGCAACCAAGCACCUGCCCACUCGUAACAGCCUUCCUGCCUGGGCAGAGGGCACUAACCCAUGGGCCCAGUACCUCCUUCUAGGCAUGGCUUGCGUUUCCUUAUGCGCAUGUCUAAUUGUUUUCUGGGCCUACCGAAAGGGCGGCCACGGACGCGCUGAAAAGGCUGCCGUCUACUACACCGGCUUCUCGAUCGCCUUCUUCGCUGUGAACCUCAUUAUGUGGAUCGUCGGCGCAGCAGUGUAUCAGCACUCCAAAGCCACAGGAAACAGCAAGGACAUGUGGGGAUGGUCCUGCGCGCAGAACACCCGCGAACAACUAUACCACAACAGCGUCGACUAUGCUCUCCUUUGCCGCCUACAAGACUGGGGCCUUGUUUGCGCCAUCAUCGAAGUCGUCAUCGAAGUUCUGGUGAUCCUGAUCUACGUAGUAGUCUUCUACCGCGUCUGGAGCAAGCGCAAGCUGAUGAAGUCCAUGGACACCCGCGACAACGCCCGUUCAGAUCUAUAUCUCGCCCAGCUGCGCCUGCAGUCAGCCCCGAAUACCCCCGGCUUCGCAGGCUUCGCUUCCUACCCUCGAAAGUCCCCCUUCUACGCUGCCGGCCCAGUGGACCCUUACUCGGCCGCUGAGAAGGGUGUAGCUCAACCCCAGUCUACUCAGUAUGCCUCACCGCGUUCGCCCACCCGCCCUACCCCAUCCUUUCAGCUCCAGCCACCUCCUAUCAAGGUUCAGCAGCCAACCCCGCAGACCGCCCAGGAGGAGUUUGCUCCUCCUUCUCAUUACUCGCAGUCGCCGCCUCCUCACAGCCAGCGCCAGAGUCCGCCUAUGAACAGGGGUAGUGCUCCCGGUGAGCGCACUUACGAUUCUGUGCCGAUUCCUGGGGCUUAUCAGAGUCCCAUGGUGCCGGCGUUCCCGGCCCCUGUACGCAAGUAA